CUUUUGAAACUUUUCGUUUGGGGACCCGUGGACGCCACGCUCCCGACGAUAUUUUAAUUGGAAAAUAUUGAGAAUCCCAUCAACCCCAAACGCACCACUUGCUCUCUCUCUCUCUCGCCCCUUCGAAAGUAGGGAAAAAAAACGAAGCCAAGAAGACGGAAGUAGAGGAAUGGCGCUCGAAGAAGGUAGGGCGGUGACGAGAACCGCGUCGGCGACGGAGAAGCUCCUGCUGCACCACGAGGAGAAGCACUUCACGGCGGGCGAUGUGGUCCGGGAUGUCAUCAUGGGCGUCUCCGACGGUCUCACCGUCCCAUUCGCCCUCGCCGCCGGCCUCUCCGGCGCCUCCGCCCCGUCCUCUAUCCUCACCGCCGGCCUCGCCGAGGUCGCAGCCGGCGCCAUCUCCAUGGGCCUCGGCGGGUAUCUGGCGGCGAAGAGCGAGGCGGACCACUACGUCCGGGAGUUGAAACGGGAGGAGGAGGAAAUCGUCAGGGUUCCGGAUACCGAGGCGGCGGAGAUUGGUGAGAUUCUUUCGCGGUAUGGUCUGCAGCCGCACGAUUACAGCCCGGUGGUCAGCUCGCUCCGGAAGAAUCCGCAGGCGUGGCUCGAGUUCAUGAUGAAGUUUGAGCUAGGGUUGGAGAAGCCCGAGCCAAGGAGGGCACUGCAGAGUGCACUAACAAUUGCCAUGGCAUAUGUGGUAGGCGGCAUGGUGCCCCUCUUGCCUUAUUUCUUCAUCCCAACAGCUCAGAAAGCAAUGCUGGCAUCAAUUGGUGUCACUCUCACUGCACUUAUCUUCUUUGGCUACAUCAAGGGCCACUUUACUGGCAACCGCCCUCUGCUAAGUGCUAUCCAAACAGCCUUCAUUGGAGCACUUGCCUCUGCUGCUGCCUAUGCCCUGGCCAAAGCUCUCCAAGCUGCAUGAGGGCCAGCACAUUCAAUGAUUCCUGUAUUGCUUACAGUGGUCCAUCAGCAGCAGCAGCAGCAGCAGCUGGACACAUAAGGUUUUCUUUCAGAGCUGUAGUUUCUUUUCUUAUAAAAGCUGGCUACUAUCAUAAGUGAGAUUAAAUGAAUGAGGUUACUGUAUUUUUAAAGGAUUUGGAUUUUUGAGUUCAUAUUUGUAACUGCUUUAUAAUAAAAUUAUCCUGUUCUUGGAU